AUGGAAGAAAACAUCCACCCGGGGCCUGCUCGAACCGCGGGCUCUUCACAGGACUCCCGAGACGACACCCGCGUUCAAGAUGCUCACAGUGAGUUUCCCAGCUGCUGGUUCGACUUCCUCGUGGAGACGGCCAGCAGACCGGGCUACCACCUGCACAGGGAGCUCGUAGCAUCGAGGGAAACGAUCCUCGGCAAAGACAAGAUGAAGAUCCUCUGCUCCUCCCACCCGCUCAAGUGGUUUUUGGCCAUGAGGCCGUUCCAGUUCCUCCUCUUCCUAUUCGCUGUCAUCAUCGUCCUUGCACCCUGGAGCAGGACGGCAGUAUGGGCGCGCCCUUCCCCGCCCUUGCCCCACGUUCCUCCCUCCCGCUUCUUUCGAUUCACCGCGAGGAGGCUGCGGAAUGGGCAAGAAGGAAGCCAGAUCUCCUCUCAUGGCGUCUCCUCCUUUGGGAUCUUGUCGAAAGGCUGCAGACUACCCAGCGCUUACCAGCCGUCCGCGGAGGAUGCGAACCAGUCGUACGUGACCUACUCCUCCUCCUCCUCCUCCUCCCUCCUCCUGGAGUUCCGGGAAGCUGUGCAGUUCGAUGGCUGGUUCCUGGUGGGCUCCAACUGGACUGACGAGCAUGCACCUGUCGACUUCACUCUAGAGUCUUCGAGCGACGGGACACACUGGCUAGUCUUCGUGUUUUCCGGCACCUGCUCCCUCAACAGAGUGGUCAACGUUUCCGACUCUCCCCAGCUGCCCAGCGAGCUGUACUCCUCCCUUGGAACUCCGCUGGAGCAGGAGGAGCUGGUUCUGUUCGAGUGGAGCUCCAUGGGCUGCGUGUGGCCUUUCUACGUCAGCAUCCUCGUCCGAUGCUGCCAGGCUCUUGGCAUCCUCCUCGCCAUCGUUGCUGCCACCUACCACCAGCACUCGCGAUCAGUGCAGAUCUUCUGCGUGGGUUACUUCGUCUCGGCACUGAUUGACAUCAUCACCUUUUCUGUCAAGCACGAAAGUCUCCUCUGGUCUUCCCCCACCUCCGACCUCGUCGAGGCUCUAACUAUCCUCUUUGUCUUCCCCUGCCCCCUCCUGCUGGACGAGUCGUUGGUGCUGGAGCUGGGGUUGAUUUCAGGGAUUAUCUUGAGCGUUUCCGUUGGGCUCUUGGACAGGAACGCCAGCUACAUAUAUGUGGUGCUGGUAUUUCUUGCUCUGAUUCUACUGCGGGAGCAUCUCAAGCGGGAGUCGAGGAGGAGGUUGUCUCGAUUCGCUCACAAGUCGGAGGAGAGGUGGCAGGCAGUUGUUGCCGAGACGGAUCAGAGCACGCUGCUGGCCCUAUCUGAGCUGCACAACAACUUUGUACGGAGGAAGGGUGGGACCUUGGUUCAGGUCCGCGUGUCGUUGCGGGAGAUGUUGGAGGUGGCAGGAGAGGGGAGUGUGCUCGGGUCCGUCGGUAUCGCCGACUCCUCCUCUCCUCCCCAUCACUUCUCCAACAUCGCCACCCCCAGCCACUCCUCUCACCCCGCCUUCGCCUCCUUCGCCUCUGCCGUCUUGUCCUCGGAGCAGGCGAUCGCUUCCUUCGACCAGCUGUACGCGCAGGCCGUCACGUGCAACGAGCUCUUCAGGAGGAAGAUCGCGCUGCUGUUCAGCCUGAGGAGGAGGGUCGGCACCAUGAUCGCGCGCCUGACGCCUCGGCUGCAAGCGCUCAAGGUUGACCAGCAGCGUGUCCGUCGGCUCUCGAGGAUCUGCAUCGACGCGUUCAGGCAGGGUGAUGACGCGGCAACGUCCCUCGACACCUUCUACCGCUCAGCCAUCCGCGACCUCUCAGUGCUCAAGAGGUUCAAGGACAACCUGCGGCAGAAGUGCCUGUUUGCGGGAGACACCCUAGACGCUCGCCUGCUGGAGCUGCGCCAUGCAGUGAAGCGAGCUGGAGUCUCCAGCGUGCUCUUCACCUCCAUCCCCUGCACCCUGGCGAUCCAGAAGCCCUGGUUCAAGCUCGUGCUCCUCGCGUGCGGCCUCUACUUCCUCCUCUACGUCUUCGGUCCCGGCGAGAGGAUGCAGGAGGUGGCGCGAGGGAAUAAGUUCUCCGUGAAGCUCGCCAAGCUCACUGUCCUGCAGCGGCGGGAGGAGGGCUGGAAGUCCAACUACACGCUCAGAGCUGGGUUCAUGCUGAACGGGUGCAGGGUCGGCGACGAGGCCAAGUGGGAGGAGGACGGGGAGAAUUUCUACUUCUCCCUGCCCUCCCUGCUGACCGCCAACUCCUGGUACUUCAUCACUGACAGCCGCCAGGACAGUGCAGGAGGCGAUCCCGUCCGCUUCGAGCUCCGCGUCUCCUCCUCCUCCUCCUCCAGCUCCGCCAGGCAGUACGGGACGAGCUUGGAGAGGUCAGCUGAGAAUGUUGUCCAGCUGCAGUGCCCCUGGUACCAUGUGGUUGGAUCUGUCUUCGUCUACCUCCCGAUGAUUGCAGGAUGCAUCCUGGGGCCAGUGCUGAGUGCGGCGGGGAGGACGAGGUCGGGGAUCCUGACGUUCUCCCUUGCGUUCUGGGCUCCGGGGGUGAUGGAGAUCUUUGUUGGGAUCAUGUUUGCUCGGGAGGGGCGGGAGGUCAACAUGGUGUACUGGAUGACGCUGGGACUGUCGUCGUUGGCCAUGGGCGUAAUCCUGGUGCUCAAGGAGGAGCUCUUCCUGCCUUACAUCCCGUUUCACUUCCUGGUGUGCGUUUUCGGGCUCAACUUCCAUACCCGGUAUGUCUUCCGCCAGGCCCAAGUCGAGGUGCCCCUCUCCGCUUCUAUCCUCUUCUUCUCGUGGGUUGCUGUGUGGCUGCUGAGGAGGAUAGCGAUCUAUCGCUCCUCCCUUGCGAUCAGGGACGACGUUCGCAAGUACGACGAGACUUGGUCCAGUCUCCUGCAGCAGCCCGAGACCUCCCAGACCCUCCUGGACCUCCGCAGCACCGUCGACUCCUUCCCCUCCUUGCGCACCGACUUGAUCUUGCAGGAGCAGCAGGAGCAGGAGCAGGAGCAGAGUCAUGGACACGGAAACGGAGAAGGACGGGAAGAGGAGAAAAGGGAGGGUUCGAGGAUCAUCGACACGCCUCUGCACCAGCCGACGAGAUCGUCGUCCCACCUAUGUACAUUUCUACUCCCAUACCUCCUCCCUCACAUCUGCACCUCCUCCCCGAUCGAGUUCCUGUACGUCCGCUUGUUCACGAUGAUGUCCAUGGCGUCUUGCAGCGCAGCGAUCUGCUGCAGCCGCGAGGGCGAGCCCGGCACAGACGAGGACGAGGACGAGGACGAGGACGAGGACGAGGACGAGUCUUGGAUGGCCGAUGACAAGAUCGAGCCAGCUUGCAGGUCCUCCUCAGCAACAGAGAUCUCAGGAGGAGAUAGCGAGUGCUUGGCGUGA